UCUUCUCUUUCCGUGGGUUGGAGUUCGGUUCGCUUAAGAGUCUCUCAAGCCAAAGCUCGUGGGAAAAUGGAGGAAGAACAUUCAACAAAACUCGUUGACAACACCGCUAGUACUGGCUAUUCGCUAGCCCCAAUAGAUAUUGAUGACAAAUUGCUCAACCAUUACAUUGGAAACAUUAUCCACAAAGCUGCAUCAAGCUUACAUGGUUUUGUCCUAAAGGCCACGAGCCCUGAGGCAGCAGACAGGGAUGAUACAGCUGAGAGGGGAUCUACUCCUACAAAUGACAGCUUUACUAUGGACACCCAGCAGCAAGAUAGUUCAAGUGGAGAUAUCUUGGAGAACAUUGGGGAACCUCUGAUUGCAGACUCCAAUUUCAUCGAAAAACUCCAAGGCAAUCACAUUGUACCAAAAAUGCAAACAGUGACAUCAAGUUUACGGGAUGUUGCUAUAAAAGUGAUGAACCUUGCUGGGACAGAGAAAGCUGUUUUGGAUUGCACUGAAUCUGAGCAAGGCUAUAUCACUGAGCAAGGCCAUAAUACUGAGCAAGGCUCUUGUGCACGUUCAAAAGAGGUCAUUGCAGAUGACAGCUUUACUUUGGACAGCCAAGAGAAAGAUAGCCUAACUGGGCAUACCUUGGAAUCUCUUGUGAACCCUUUUCAAGUGCCUAUUGAGGAUUCAAGCUCUGAUUCCUCCCUUGAUUUACCUAAGGAUGAACAUGAGUAUCCACCACCACCCAAGGCUGGUAACAAGAAAAGUAAAUUUUGCCGGUUUAAAAAACGAAGAAAGUCUUCAGCAGUUGCGCCAGUCACAAAUGACAAACUGAAAGAAACACAACCCCAUAAAGUGGCUUUUGAUGAUCAAUCUUAUCCUACCAGUGACAUCAAUGUUGGCACUUUCAUCACAAAAAGUGAGCACUUUGAUGAAAUGGGGAACAAUAUCUUUCUGUUGAACAGUGAGAAAGUACCUUUGAUAUCAAAACUUUUCCAAGGGUCAAAAUCAAAAGCCCUCGUCAACAAUUUGUGCAGAAAUGUGGAGCAGUACAUCAAAGACAAUCUUGUCACAGACAAGUUUACCAUGGUUAUCCAUGGAGGGGAUGAUGGCUCAAAGCUAGGAUCAAUUGGUUUGGCAAAGAAAUUCUACAGUCUCCUGAAAAACAGGUUCAACAAAGAUUUGAAAAGUUGCAUCAUUUUGAGGGCCAAACUAAGCCUGAAAUGUAUUUUCAAGCUUUCAAAGCCAUUUAUGCAGAAUACAAUGAAACAGAAGAUUUCUCUUGUAAAUGAUGUGCGUGAACUUGUGCUGCUCCACCGCAUCCCAGACAAUCUUCUCCAGUAUUGUCAUUAACUACUUCAGAUACUACAUCAGGGAGGGGUGGAAAAUGUUUCUUAUUGACUGUUUACUUCAAAUACUUUUCUAUAUUUAUACUAUAGUACACCAUGCCUGGGGGGAGGGGGGAGGGGGGAGAAGAAGAAAGUGUAACAGUAGCUUGUUGUACAUAGUUGCAAACAAAUACUUCUCAAAUUUUCUGUAUACUUUAUAACAAUGUUGCAUGCCGCCCAUGGCAGAUUAGUCAAGCUGUUGCACAAUAUUCAAUAGCUAUCACAAAUGUUGCUUGUUGACAAAGGUACAGAUGUGUUUUUGUUGUGAUCAUGAGGAAACACUGGUUAUAAGAGAGAGGCCAUUGAACUAUGAAUAAGCCUUCUUUAGGCAUCAUCAGUUCUUCUCCUUGUAUGCAAUGCAUUGUGCAGCCAGUCUGUGAUGUGACCACUAUUGUGACCACUGCUGUGUUAUCCUGUUGAAGAUACAUUUGAGGGGCUUUUUAAAAAUCUUUAGGGGCAUUUUUUUAGGAUUUUCACAUUUUAGGGCUUUUUUUUAGGAUUUUCAAAUUUUAGGAUUUUUUUAAAGUCAAUGGUAACUUUAAGAGAAUAAAGACUCAUUUCUCUUUGAAGUACUGACUUCAGAGUGUUUGUCUUUCAACAACUAUAACAACAGGCAACAACAUCAAUUAUUUUGCCUGGUGGUCACAUCAGAGACUGGCUGCUAAAUGGGCAAAAGGAAAUAGUUUAACACCUGUCCACCUCCCUCUUUCUGUAGUAUUCAUCAUCUUGUUGAGUACCAAAUGUGAGAGCAACCAAUUACUAUGCAACAUGCAGACUGUAGUAAGCAGAGUUUGAACUAACAAACUCUCAUUAAAAGAAGUUGGGCACAUGCUAUUUUUUUUAUUUUUGUAAAUUGAGAUAUAAAAUGAAUUAAAAUUGUGACUAUCACCAAGA